UAUACUCGUAGAAGGCGCACUUUUGAUCUCUCCACUUCUCCUCAUCUUUUAGCACUUUGCAACUUAAUAAUUAUUAUCAGAGGUCGAGAUCAAGCACGUUGCUAAAUUUCCUAGCUUCUUGAUAUGGCCACCGGCGAAAACCCCGGGCCAGCUACUGCUGUGGCGCCCACGACGACGUCACCAGAGCCGACAGAUCCCACUAACCUGCCGCCAGGCGCGACAGAAGGGCCAAUUGAAGCCGACCCUCAAGAAGAGGAGGAAGAAGAGUUCGACGACGCGGACUCUGCGCUUGGAGAUGGCGAUAACGCGAGCUCAACUGCAUCCUUGACUGAGAGCAUCUUGGAGUAUCGCACGCUCAAUGGCCGCACAUUCCAUAGCUCUAGGCUUGGAUCUGAUAAUUAUUGGGGUCCGAACGAUGAACGACAAAAUGAAGCUAUGGACAUGAACCACCAUUUCAUGACCCUCUGCUUGGGAGGUAGACUUUUCAUGUCGCCUUUAAAACCCGGCAUACAAAAAGUGCUCGAUGUUGGUACUGGGACAGGCUUAUGGGCAAUUGAUUUUGCGGAUGAGUUCCCUGAUUGCGAGGUUAUCGGGACGGAUCUGUCUCCUAUUCAACCCUCAUGGUGUCCGCCCAACGUAAAGUUCGAGAUUGACGAUGCACAACAGCCGUGGACAUUUGCGCCUAGCAGCUUUGAUUUUAUACACCUACGUUAUAUCGUAGGCGGUAUUGCAGAUUGGACGGCUUUAUUCAAGCAGGCCUAUACUGCGCUCAAACCCGGAGGUUGGAUUGAGAGCUUUGAACCCGAGGCCGACUAUCGUAGCGAUGAUGGCACCCUGAAACCCGAUUCGAACUUUCAUAUCUGGCGCGACCUAUUCUCCGAGGGCGGUAAGAAGUUAGGCGUCUCUUUUACGCUUAUUACGGACAACACAUUACCGAAAGCUCUUGAAGAAGCCGGUUUCGUGAACAUCACAGUUAGAGAUAUUAAGGUCCCAGUGUCGGGUUGGCCAGCCGACCCGAAGUUGAAGGAAAUCGGACAAUGGUUCCAGUAUACCCUUGAGCAAGACCUAGAAGGCUAUGUCAUGUUCAUGUGGACUAAAGUGCUAGGCCGAACACUGGAAGAAAUGCACGUAUUCCUCGCUGGCUUCCGCAGAGAAAUGCGUAACAAAUCGAUUCAUGUAUACCUACCUCAGCGGUUAGUAUACGCACAAAAGCCAGAAACCGCUUAAACUGGCCGGACUCUCUUGCAUCAUGAUUUAUGAAGUUACGUCUUACAUUAGCAUGCUGGGUAUAUAUUUUGCAUUCCCCAAAGGGCAUACUGCAUACAAACAAUGUCUCAUGAAUUCUAUUAUCUAGGUACAUAACAUAUAAUGAUACUUAAUUCACUCACUGCAUAC